AUGCUUGUUCUCCUCGUUCUAUUUUCCACAAUAGAAAAGGCACAAGCCAUCUUCGAGAUUCCCGGGUGUGUCGACAACUCGGACGGGGAGUUCACCUCCGAGGGCGAGUUUGAUUUUGUCCCCGAGUUGGGUGUUGGUUCGAUUAUAGUUGGUAUGGUCAUUAUGAUAGGUACCGUCCUAUCCGUGUUUCCGCAGUACAUCAAGUUGUUACGAAAGCGUGACAGUAGUGGGUUGUCUCCCUUUUAUUUGUUGAUACAAUUUAUUAAUCAAGUCACUGCUGUUGCAAAUGGGUGUAUCACAAACGCGACAUACAUCCACUCAUGUGUCUACUUGGGGUUUAAUGGUUGCUUUGGUGUGUUAAUUUCAUGGAUCCAAAUAAUGUUACUUGCUAUGGUGUACCUCCCACAAAUUGUGUUUUACUUGGUCUUCUUCCCAGACAAAAAGAAUUUUUCGUUGUUCAAAAUCCCACUGUACACUACUCCUGUUGUUGUUUUCAUUUCGUUGUUGAUCUUCGGAACAGUGCCAUUGCUUGAAAUGACUGAUGGAGAGUGUGGCGAGUGGACCAGUGGCAUCGGAUUCUUAUAUGGCAUCAUAUGUACAAUCUGCGUGUUCAUUCAAUGGUCGCCUCAGAUCUAUAUGACAUUCAAACGGAAAAGCGCUGGCGCGUUAAGUGUUUUGAUGAUGUCUAUUACGGCUCCCGGAAUGGUCAUUUUGACAAUUUAUAUGAUUUUCAUCACCAAACAAUCGUUCUCGACUUGGUUGUCCAAUGCUGCGUCUGCCAUUCAGCAAGUCAUUCUGUUAACUUUAUUGAUUUAUUACGAAUUCAUCAAGAAAAGAUUCUGUCCCAAGAAAGACGAAGAGAGUGAAAUAAAGCCAUUAUUGGGCGACAAAACGACACAAGAAAGCGAAUCUGACAGUCAAUGUGAAAAAGUGCCGGAUGUAUUAGGUGAAGCGAUCCCACCCCUUGAUGAUGGUGAAAAAGUCUCGGACCGAAAGAUCGAGGACACAGAACAAAUCAUUACGCCACUCAAUUGA